UUUGAGUAUAGUAUGCUAUUCGAACGGGAAGUUAAUCUAUUUGUGAAUGCUUUUUAAGUGCAUUUAAACUAAAAGUUAUAAGGCGGUAUGUGAUAAAUAUAUGAUGUGUUUUGAGGGUUUUGAAAACGAAAGUACCGAGAUGCAUGUGACCUAUUUGUACAUGUGUGGGGAAUAUUGAUGAAUACUUCACAAAACGUAUAAUAGUUUCACGAGACGAAGAAGGAGGAAAAUAGGAGUAACCUCUUUUAUCUUAGAUGAUGCGAAACUUAGUCAUUCUAUAGAAGAGGUGUUAUCAAAAAAAUAAGGAAAUUUAUCCAAGAACUCGGAGGAACGACUGCAGAGAUGGAUGGACCGUCGUUCGGAUCGACUCUAGAGUCAAACGUAUCGUCGAGAGCCGCAGCCGGUCGGGGUCAUGCGCGGGGUCCAGAGGAACCACGGCAAAAACUGGUGAUCCAAAUGCCGUCAAAGAUUGAGGUCGAGUAUCGCAAGAAGAAGGACUACCGCCAUCGUCCAUCCAAGAAAGUCGUCCUCAUCAAAUGGAUCUCGACGUUCCUGCUAUUUGUAUUGAUACUGGGAUUUGUUAAUUUCAGCAAGAUAUCGGUUAUAUCCAUUUCAAACCGUAUGUUCCAUGCAGGAAAGGACGGCCAUGCUCCGGGGAUGUUUAUUAUGCUACAAAUGAUGGCAGUCAUACCUCACAUAUUCAAUUUCAUAAGGGGUAUUAUGCGGGGAGCUUUCCGUAAGGACAUUCCAUGGCCGUCGAAGAGGUCAAUGAUAGCGGCGACAGUGGUAUGUCUUCUGGAAUCCGUUGGCAUCGCCAUCUUCAUUUUCAAAAUCCCCGGAAUCAACAAUAAACCAGUGAUCUCCGUUCUUCUCAUGAUGUGCGUGUUCAUUGCGCCGAUCUUCUACAAUCUUGUGAUAAGCUUCCUACUUGGACGCGAUGCACAGGCAAGGGAGAAGUUCAGAUUCCUAAUGGCGCUUCUGUUUGAAAUUGGCGGUUGCGGAUUGACAGGUUACCUCUGUUUUAAAGAGACGAGCAAAAUUGAAGAUUACAUCAUGACUCCAGUCGCUGUUUUGUGUUUAUCAAUUUCGUGGACGCCUGGUGUUCAAAGGUACCUACUUAAUCUAGGAGAGGAGGACGUGAACGCGUACCAAAAUAUAGAAGACACCGAAACCGAACCCCUGACCGAGACAAUUGAAACAGUGUCGGAUGUAACUAGCAGCAGAGUGUCGUCUGCAAGUGGCUACCAGAACAUGAGUGACACUCAAAGCACAAUUCGUACAAGUAUCCAGCUAGCAGACACCUAUCCACCAGGAAACAUUGCCAGUCCUCAACCUUCCAAAUCAUCUCUACACACACGACCAUCUUGGAAGCUAACCAUCUAUAUGUCGUUCUUAAAAGCGAUCCUGAUAUAUGGCAUAUCUAUGAUCCUCUUUCACUACUCGUCUCCCGACGGGAUUACGGGGAUUAGUGAUUAUGGAAAAGGUUGGGGACAACUAAAUUUUUCCGACCUUAGCUCAUCGUACUGGAUCUUCUUUUUUGGAAAUGUGAUAGGAAGUUUGUUUGGAUACUUCACAGCUUAUAUAGCAUGUACAACCUGUAUGCAGAAAUUCGGAUUUUCCAUACCGUUGACCUUUAUCAGUUCACCGAUGGCGUUUGCUUUGCUAUACCCAGGCGUACUAUGUGAUAAGAUAGUCAUUACAACAGAUAUUACCGAAGCUUCGCAGUGUUCCAUAGAUACAUUGGAACGAAACAUAGCAAUCGCAGCCUUGGUGUUACUGGUCGUCGCACAGUUACUAUCAACCGGGUUUAUUCUCAUUCGGUCAAACUCGGUUGUCAUGCUCAAAGAAGACCAGCUGUUCUGGACACCAAUGUACAAUUCUGCUUUGCUGGAGCAAUGGCUGAUGCUGGUCAGAAAGAAUGAAUACCACGACGAAGGCCAUCAAAACCCGACUGAAAAAGCCAAGCGGUCAAAGAUUAUUAUAUGUACAACGAUGUAUAGAGAGGCUGAUUAUGAGAUGAAGCAGCUCCUGGAGUCUAUACAAGGACUUAAUCUCGCACAAGCAAAGGGCAACCGGCACUUUGAGGCCCACGUGUUCUUUGACGGAGCUGUUAAGGACAGAAACCCGACGGAGUUUGUGCUACAACUGGUUUCACUUGUUGAAACUGUACUAGGUGUGAAGGCAGAACACUGUACAAAAAACUCCACCCCGUACGGAAUAUCGUUGUCAUGGCAACUAAAGCCGGGUGACAGCGGGAAGGGCAUGGUGUUCCGAAUCCACCUUAAAGAUAAUGUGAAGGUGAAGAAUAAGAAGAGAUGGAGCCAGGUGAUGUACAUGUCAUAUGUUCUCGACUUUCUCCUCAAACAAGACAAAAAUGCAUCGGAGGAAGACUGUUUUGUCCUAACAACUGACGCGGAUGUCAGGUUCACACCUGACUCUGUGGAAGCCCUCCUUGACCUCAUGACCCGAGAUAACACAGUCGGGGCGGUGUGCGCCAGGACCCACCCCCUUGGGAGCGGUCCGCUUGUGUGGUACCAGGUUUUCGAGUACGCGAUUGGUCACUGGUUUCAAAAGGCGGCAGAACAUGUAAUUGGAUCAGUUCUCUGUUCACCCGGAUGUUUCAGCGUGUACAGGUGUCGAGCUAUCAGGGAUAUUCUUCCCCAGUACGCGACCAACGUGGAACACGCGUUCGACUUCCUCACCAAGGACAUGGGGGAGGACAGAUGGUUUUGUACACUCCUGGUCCAGAGUGGAUGGCGUAUUGAGUAUUGCGCCGCGUCUGAGAACAGCACACAUUGUCCCGAAGACUUCGACGAGUUCUUUAAACAGAGGCGUCGCUGGGUGGCGUCAACAUUAGCCAACCUGAUGCUGCUUAUUAAGGAAUGGAAUAUCAUUUCCAAGUUAAACCCACGUGUCUCCAUCAUCUUCCUCGUGUAUCAGGCGAUCCUUCUAUUUGCUACACUGAUUGGUCCUAGUUCGAUCAUUCUGAUAGUUACAGGUGGUCUGAAAUACGCUUGGAACAUCGGAGUUACGACGAGCGUUGUAUUGCAGGUGCUUGUUACCGUUGGAUACGCAGCUACGUGCCUACUGACGUCAUCAAAGACACAGCUAAACGUUGCCAAGCUGCUAACAUUCCUGUACGCUGUAAUCAUGUCGGCUGUAAUGGUCGGUACAGCAGUUCAAAUUGCAAAGGACUUCAGCAAAGACAAUGAUGCUGUUAUCAAUAAAGCAGCCUUCCCCAUAUCAACCACAACUCUCUACCUCGGGGUCAUGAUAGGCAUAUUUCUCAUAACCGGAAUCCUCCAUCUUGGGGAGUUUGUAUUUCUACUUCACGGCGCUUGGUUCUUUCUCUGUAUUCCGGCUGGCUAUCUCAUCUUGAUGAUCUACAGCAUCAGCAACAUCACCGAUCGAUCUUGGGGUACUAGAGAAGUAAAAACACACUCAGUGCGGGUAACUAACAAAAGCUGGCAAGAUACUCUGACAAAGGGUUUCACAUCGUUUUUCUUCUGCUGUUUUAAAAAGCCAUUAACUUCUGCGACUUCAAGCACACAAACCGAGGCUCCGCAAGCUAAGACGACGCCUAUGAGAACAAUGUCAUUGGAUGGGCAAACGGCGCCAAAGGAAUUCCAGUCAAUGGCAGACGAGGAGCAGCUCACAUCUCUCCAUUCCUUCGAUUUUAGAGCGUCUAUGAGGAGCACUAUUGGAGGCCUUGGUGACAUCCACGAAGAAGCGAACGAAGGCGGAGAUCCUAACGAAGAUUUUGAAGACGACGACGAGGAUGAUAUUGAAGACAAAGUACUGAAAGUUGAGGAAUGGCUUCCCAGAGAAACCAGGGAUACCCAAGCGCAACAGGAAUUGGUGAAGAAGUUUAAGGAGCAUGGAUUUGAAAAUACAAUAUUCAUCAGCAGAAUGACAGAAAAGGAAUUAAAAGAUGUCGGUGUAAAAAGAACUGGUUUAAAACGUUUUUUGAUGGAAAAUGUCAAGUGCCUUCCAUCCUAUGAAAUUCAGGCAUUUGUACCGAAAGACGUUGAAGAAUGGCUUGAUAAUAUAGGACUUGGAAUCUACAAGAAAAACUUUAAGAGGGAACAGAUCAAAACAUCGAAAGAUAUGGAGAUAUUAAAGUCCUUCACCAGGGCUGACAUCGAGAACGACCUAAAAAUCAAGAAGAUCGGUCACAUCAAAAGAUUGCUGUAUGCUAUAAGCAAGCUGAGAAAUCCAACCGCAACCGAACGAAAAAUAAUCGAUGUUCGCGAAAGGUUGAGCAAACCGACCAUUCACAAGCUCAGAUCUAUUAACAGAGAUGAAUAUGACUUUUGGGACAAUCUGAGGAACAUCUGUCUUCUUCCCCAGUCCACCGCAUAUGGAUUGGAAGAGGAUCUUAAAGCGAAGCUGGGUGACCUACGUAACGCUUGGUUGAUGGUGUUUGCUGUCUCGAACGCUCUCUGGAUGGUCCUAAUCUACACGUUAGCAAACCAAGGGGAGCUACUCAGUGUGGCGGGGAGUAAUCCUGUCGGUUUGGUGGUUUUGGUUUUGUUUUCAUUCGUACUCGUAAUACAGUUCCUGGCAAUGAUACUGCAUCGUAUAGGCACACUGACACAUUUCCUUGGUCGGGCGCCUUACAGCGUAAGCGAUAAAUACAACACGGCCUGGGCAUUCAAUGAAAGUGACAUGAAGGUCUCCGAUCAAGAAAUGAAACUAGAUUUGGAAGCCAAAUACGCGAUGAAACGCGCAAAACAGAUGGCUUAUACGCGGAUAGGUCGGUCAACGCGGAGAAGAGAAAACCGCGGAGAGGAGAGGACCGCCCUGUUGGCGGCAGACGCUGACCCUGUAGAAGUGGUGUAGACAUGGAAACUAUGGACAGUGGGCAUCUUAGAUACUAUGGAAAAUGGGAGCAUCUAAGAAACUAUGGAAAAUGGGUUCAUCUAAGAAUCUAUGGAACAUUUGUAUAUACAAUGAAAAUUGGUGCCAUCUUCAAACUAUGGUAAUGUUUAUUACUAUGGAAUGGUGCAAUCUUAAAAAAAACUAUGGAAAAUGUUUAUACACUAGGAGAAAUGGCGCAAUCUUAGAAACUGCGGAAAAUGUGUUUAUACUAUGGAAAAUAUUGCCAUCUUAGAAACUAUGGACAUUUUGUUUAUACCAUGGAAACUAUUGCCAUCUUAGAAACUAUGGAAAAUGCUUAUAUACUAUGGAAAAUGGUGCCGUCUUAGAAACUAGGAGAAAUGUUUAUAUGUUAGGGGAAAUUGGGCCAUCUUAGAAACUAUGGAAAAUGUUUUAUACUAGGGAAAACGGUGUCAUCUUAGAAACUAUGGAGAGUGUUUAUAAUUUAUGGAAAAUGGUGCCAUCUUAGAAACUAUGGAAAAUGUUUAUAUAUUAGGGAAAAUUGGGCCAUCUUAGAAACUAUGGCAAAUGUUUAUAUACUAGGAAAAACGGUGCCAUCUUAGAAACUAUGGAGGGUGUUUAUAAACUAUGGAAAAUGUUUAUAUAUUAGGUAAUAUGAUGCCAUCUAAGAAAUUAUGGAAAAUAUUUAUAAAUUUUGGAAAAUGGUGCCAUAUAGAAACUAUGGAAAAUGUUUAUAUAUUAGGUAAAAUGAUGCCAUCUAAGAAAUUAUGGAAAAUGUUUAUAAACUAUGGAAAAUGGUGCCAUAUAGAAACUAUGGAAAAUGUUUAUAUAUUAGGUAAUAUGAUGCCAUCUAAGAAAUUAUGGCAAAUGUUUAUAAACUACGGAAAAUGGUGUCAUCGUAGAAAUUAUGGAGAAUGUUUAUAAACUAUGGAAACUUGUGCCAUAUUAGAAACUAUGGAAAAUGGUGCCAUAUUAGAAACUAUGGAAAAUGUUUAUAUAUUAGGUAAUAUAAUGCCAUCGUAGAUACUACGAAAAAGGUUUAUAUAUUAGGUGAUAUGAUGCCAUCUAAGAAACAAAGGAAAAUGUUUACAUACAAGGGAAAAUGGUGACAUCUUAGAAACUAUGGAAAAUGUUUGUAUGUUAGGGAAUAUGGUGCCAUCUAAGCUACUAUGAAAAAUGUUUACAUACAAGGGAAAAUGGUACCAUCUUAAAAACUAUGAAAAAAGUGUAUACACUUUGGAAAAUAUUGCCAUAUUAGAAACUAUGGAAAAUGUAUAUAUGCUAGGGAAAAAUUGGGCCAUCUUAGAAUUUAUAAAAAAAUCUGGUCAACUUAGUUACUAUUGAAAAUGUUUAUUUACAGUAACUGUGGAAAAUGGUGCCAUCUUAAAACCAUGGAAAAUGUUUAUUUACCAGGAGAAUGGUGCCAUCUUAGAAAUCAUAAAACAUGUUUAUAUACUAUCGAAAAUGGUGCCAUCGUUGAAACUACGGAAAUGUUUAUACAUUAGGGAAAAUUGGGCCAUCUUGGAAACUAUGGAAAAUGCUUAUAUAUUAGGGGAAAUUGGGCCAUCUUGGAAACAAUGGAAAAUGCUUAUAUAUUAGGGGAAAUUGGGCCAUCUUGGAAACUAUGGAAAAUGCUUAUAUAUUAGGGGAAAUUGGGCCAUCUUGGAAACUAUGGAAAAUGCUUAUAUAUUAGGGGAAAUUGGGCCAUCUUGGAAACUAUGGAAAAUGCUUAUAUAUUAGGGGAAAUUGGGCCAUCUUGGAAACUAUGGAAAAUGCUUAUAUAUUAGGGAAAAUUGGGCCAUCUUGGAAACUAUGGAAAAUGCUUAUAUAUUAGGGAAAAUUGGGCCAUCUUGGAAACUAUGGAAAAUGCUUAUAUAUUAGGGAAAAUUGGGCCAUCUUGGAAACUAUGGAAAAUGCUUAUAUAUUAGGGAAAAUUGGGCCAUCUUGGAAACUAUGGAAAAUGCUUAUAUAUUAGGGAAAAUUGGGCCAUCUUGGAAACUAUGGAAAAUGCUUAUAUAUUAGGGGAAAUUGGGCCAUCUUGGAAACUAUGGAAAAUGCUUAUAUAUUAGGGGAAAUUGGGCCAUCUUGGAAACUAUGGAAAAUGCUUAUAUAUUAGGGAAAAUUGGGCCAUCUUGGAAACUAUGGAAAAUGCUUAUAUAUUAGGGAAAAUUGGGCCAUCGUUGAAACUACGGAAAUGUUUAUACAUUAGGGAAAAUGGGCCAUCUUGGAAACUAUGGAAAAUGCUUAUAUAUUAGGGGAAAUUGGGCCAUCUUGGAAACUAUGGAAAAUGCUUAUAUAUUAGGGGAAAUUGGGCCAUCUUGGAAACUAUGGAAAAUGCUUAUAUAUUAGGGAAAAUUGGGCCAUCUUGGAAACUAUGGAAAAUGCUUAUAUAUUAGGGGAAAUUGGGCCAUCUUGGAAACUAUGGAAAAUGCUUAUAUAUUAGGGGAAAUUGGGCCAUCUUGGAAACUAUGGAAAAUGCUUAUAUAUUAGGGAAAAUUGGGCCAUCUUGGAAACUAUGGAAAAUGCUUAUAUAUUAGGGAAAAUUGGGCCAUCUUGGAAACUAUGGAAAAUGCUUAUAUAUUAGGGAAAAUUGGGCCAUCUUGGAAACUAUGGAAAAUGCUUAUAUAUUAGGGAAAAUUGGGCCAUCUUGGAAACUAUGGAAAAUGCUUAUAUAUUAGGGGAAAUUGGGCCAUCUUGGAAACUAUGGAAAAUGCUUAUAUAUUAGGGGAAAUUGGGCCAUCUUGGAAACUAUGGAAAAUGCUUAUAUAUUAGGGGAAAUUGGGCCAUCUUGGAAACUAUGGAAAAUGCUUAUAUAUUAGGGGAAAUUGGGCCAUCUUGGAAACUAUGGAAAAUGCUUAUAUAUUAGGGAAAAUUGGGCCAUCUUGGAAACUAUGGAAAAUGCUUAUAUAUUAGGGAAAAUUGGGCCAUCGUUGAAACUACGGAAAUGUUUAUACAUUAGGGAAAAUGGGCCAUCUUGGAAACUAUGGAAAAUGCUUAUAUAUUAGGGGAAAUUGGGCCAUCUUGGAAACUAUGGAAAAUGCUUAUAUAUUAGGGGAAAUUGGGCCAUCUUGGAAACUAUGGAAAAUGCUUAUAUAUUAGGGAAAAUUGGGCCAUCUUGGAAACUAUGGAAAAUGCUUAUAUAUUAGGGAAAAUUGGGCCAUCUUGGAAACUAUGGAAAAUGCUUAUAUAUUAGGGGAAAUUGGGCCAUCUUGGAAACUAUGGAAAAUGCUUAUAUAUUAGGGAAAAUUGGGCCAUCUUGGAAACUAUGGAAAAUGCUUAUAUAUUAGGGAAAAUUGGGCCAUCUUGGAAACUAUGGAAAAUGCUUAUAUAUUAGGGGAAAUUGGGCCAUCUUGGAAACUAUGGAAAAUGCUUAUAUAUUAGGGGAAAUUGGGCCAUCUUGUUAAAACACGUAUGGUACGAUCGCUUUUUCGAUUUAAUAUAUUCAGUAGUUGUAUUCUAAAAAUAAAGCAGUUGUUGGUUAUUUUAGGCAAAGCGUAUAUACUUUAGAAAAAAAUAUCUGUUUAAAUAUAAAUAUAUUAAAUAUAAAUUGUGUCACCAUAAAUAUUACCUGAUAUUUUGAUCUAACGAUAUUUGUCGUAUGAAUGCUGACUGCAUGAUCUCUAUUAAGUUAAUGGACUUGUAUAUACUGAUUUGAUACUGGGAUGCAUUAUUUUGUUUUGUAAAUAACCAUUUCUAAAUUCCAAAUAGACGAAGGAGGUACCAGAAUUGUUAAGUUCAGGAGCUGAGCAGGGAUGAAACAAAUGUAGAUAGUUUUCUGAAGCAAAGAACAAUUAUUUAUGAAAAUUGUUUAAACGUGAAAUAUUUUAUUUUUUAUUGUCAGUGUUAUAAUUAAUUUUAAAACACUAACAUAGUUAAAUAUAAGCACUAUUACUGCCAUAAAUAACUCGUACAAUACUUUUACAUUAUGCCAUUAAAAUAAACCUCAGUCUUUUCUUGGAUGCAAAUUGAACUCAAACCAGGAAUAAGCUUCAAAUCCUUUUGUUUAUAACAUUAUUUAAGUUCAUAAUUUCGGACAAUGUGUAAAUAUUCGGACAAAUAAAAAAGUCAUUUUCGUCGUAGCAAUGUUCGAUUUGUUUGAUGAAAUGUAUGGUUGUAUUAUCAGAUUCAUUUCAAUAUUCAUCGAGUCUUCUGAUUUAUGGCUUAAUGCUGCACUCUUACAGAUUUACCGUUUUGACAUUUUUUUAAUUAUUUGUCUUGGAAUGGGCCAGUUUUUGCGUACAUAUCAGCAAAUAUAAGACUGCUGACAAGAGAUCAGAUCGCAGAUUUUCAUAUUUCCGUUCGAACAAUAAUAUUUCGUGGCUACAAGCGUUACUAACGGUUUAAGAAAAAUGCAUAAAACAUCAUUUUUUUUAACUUAAAUAUGAAAAUCUGCAUUUUGUCAGCAGUCUUACAUCACUGGUUUACAUGCAUUUUCGCAUAAAUUGGCUCGAUGCAAGACAAAACAUAAAAAAAGUUGUCAAAACGUUCAAUCUGUGAGAACGCAGCUUUAAUAACUCUCAGGAUAGCACGAAAUGGACUAUGUUAGUUUAAAAAGGCAAGAUUAACUGAUAUUGUGAUAUGUUUUACUUUUAUGUAUAGAAAAUGUAACUAGUUAAUUACUUGUUCUCAUAAUCCAUGACUCGUUCAAAGCAUAUGAUCAAUAUAAAAAAGUGCAAUAUUUAACGUUUUUCUUGGGUGUUGUAAGUUUUUACAUAUUUAUACUAUUAUUUUUUAUGCAUCACCUUUUGCUGAUUAUAUAUUUAGUUAGCUGUAACGAUAUGUUUAAAUCGCGUGUAAUUCUUCACAGCAAAAAUCAUUGGAAUUCAUUUGUCUUAAUGCUUUCUGUUGGUUUAUAUAGAUUUAUCAAUGAAAUAAAAAUGAUAUUUCACA